AUGCGUACUCGUCCACCUCGUCUACAUGCAAACCAGUCCAAUGCGAUUCUGAAACGCGAAACGACGAUCGAAGAACGACCGGAUGGGCGGACGACGGACGGACAAACGGACAGACAGACAGGCAGACGGAAGGACAAGCAGAUCGAAGCGGACCGGCAAACCAGUGGACGGACAGCUUUGACCGGACAGAUGGAAAGACGGGACGCAGAUCUUACUGUCGUUACUACUAGUGUUACAUUAUAA